CUCUUGCGAGGUGGUUCUUACAGUGCAACACUUUGGCACCCCCAAUAGUGUUCGAUGCUGUAAUUUAGUGCAGGAGCAGAACAGAGUCAGAGUAUCUAUAUGUAUUUCUUGCGGCUGUAAACUUAAUUCUAACUUGCACCUUCAGAAGAUUUAGGUGACAAAGCAAGGCGGGAGUGAAGCAAUCGAUUUGAUCACGGCGCUUGGUGGCGUUUGUAUAAUAUCAAUAUUUUUAUUAAGCCACUAGCAGCCUGUGGUCAGGCUCAGUAUUGUUCUUCUGUUCAACAUGAUUUUGCAACGCCGGAGACGAAGUAGGGAUUAGGCAUCUGGUCGGAGAUUGAAGUAAGCUCCGCGGGUGCUCCGCCUUUCGGCUUUUCACAUGUUCACAGCAUUUCGCUCACCUAAAGUAGAGGCGUGCACGUAUCAAAUUGCUUUCCUUUUUUAUUUUCAUUUUUCAUAUCAUGUUGACUUUUUGUUUUUGUAGGACUUAAAGAAGCUCGCAAUAUCGAUAAAUCAAUGAGGACUUUUCUCGCACCACUCCCAUCACUAGUCUCACUUACUCCGGCCCUCGCCUUUCUUGUUCUCUUUCUUGAAUUUUUCAAAACAUCGACAUGGAUAUUUUCCAC